AUGAUCCUCAGGAGUGAAAAGCGCCGAAUGGAGGACAGAGAUCGUGAAGAAUUUGAAGAAUUCGAGCAACUAUUCCGUACUAAUGACUCGCGCAAGUCUUACGAGAAGCAUGAUGUCACCUAUGAAAAUGGAAUCCGGAUAGCCUAUCAGAAUGUGCGCGGCCUGCGGACAAAAAUCGACGAGCUCUUCUUGUCAACCUGUGAGUGCAAUCUAGACAUCAUCAUCUUAACGGAAACCGGCUUAGAUGACCGAAUUAACUCGUUGCAACUUUUUGGUUCUUCAUUCAACGUUUUUCGUUGCGAUCGUAAUCCAUGCAACAGCGACAAAUCCAGCUUUGGUGGAGUGUUGAUUGCGGUUGCGCAGUGCCACCCUAGCGCAAUUAUCGAGACUGUGAAUGGGAAAAAUCUGGAGCAAAUUUCUGUGAAGGCUACUGUUAGAGGAACGACUAUUCUGCUGUGCGGCGUGUAUAUACCACCAAAUCGGAGCCAAAAUAUCGAUGUCGUUGAGAUACAUAUGUCUACCGUUGGCGAGCUGCUUAGUAAAUGUGCAGAUAAGGACGUUUUGCUGAUUUGUGGUGAUUUUAAUCAACCACGACUUGUAUGGGAUGUAAAUUCGGUGGCUGCUUCUGCUCAUCUCCCAGCAGCCGGUGCGGCGUUGAGAGACGGUAUGGAUUUUUUCAACUUAAAUCAAAUCAAUUUCCAAACAAAUCACUUAGGACGCACGCUGGAUUUGGUGUUCUGCUCUCCCGACCACCGAUCGUUGGUUGAAGGCAGCAUCACUCCGCUCCUCCCUGUCGAUCCUCACCAUCCGCCUCUUACCAUAACAGUACCUACUGCCCGCAAUAACAGCGCUGCUUUUACUCGUGUAGGUAACGAUAACGAGAAAAGAUCGUUAAAUUAUCGUAAGAUUGAUUUCGUUGCUUUGAGUGAUUACUUAUCGAGCUAUGAUUGGGGAAUCUUGCACGAUUACUCUGAUGUUAGCGACAUGACUGCGACCUUCUGCGACAUCAUCGAGCAGUGGUUAAAUUUGAAUCUGCCUUUUUUGAAGCCUCGCAAUUCACCUGCGUGGAGUACCGUUCGUUUGCGUGAACUAAAGCGGCUAAAGAACAAUUCUCAGCGCAAAUAUCGUCGGUUGAAAACCACUGCAACGAGGCAGCGCUUCAAACGUCAUAGUGAUGAUUACCGUCGCCUGAAUAGUGCACUGUACAAAUCUUACGUUUUACGCGUACAGACCGACCUUCGUAAGAAUCCAAAAAAUUUUUGGAACUUCGUCAAUUCCAAAAGGAAAUGCUCUUCGGUACCUUUAAAUGUCUGUUUGGAUGGUACUGAGGCGAUAUCAGAAUCGGAUUCGUGCGAACUUUUUGCACAAUUUUUUGCUUCUGUUUUUGCCGAUCGAAUUGCUUCCGACUCAGAAGCCGAGAUUGCAGCAGCGGAUGUGCCAGCCAGUUUAGUUGACUUGACUGUUUUUGAAGUAACCACCGACAUGUUUUUGGCAGCUGCAAAGAAACUAAAACGAUCAUACUCGGCGGGUCCCGAUGGAAUUCCUGCUGUCGUUUUUAAUAAAUGUGCUAAUGCGCUGGCAGACCCACUGUGUCUAAUUUUCAACAAGUCAUUUGCACAAGGAAAAUUCCCCGAAAUAUGGAAGCAGUCUUUUAUGUUUCCGGUGUUUAAAUCUGGGGACCGGCAGAACGUCAGGAAUUACCGUGGCAUCACUAGCCUAUCGGCUGGCUCUAAACUAUUUGAGAUUAUAGUUAGCGGCGUCAUUCAUUCCCGGACGAAGAAUUACAUCUCUACUUCCCAACAUGGAUUCGUGCCGGGUCGCUCUGUAUGUACCAAUUUACUGGAGUUUACUUCAUCGUGUAUCUCGAAAAUGGAACAGAAAGCACAAAUUGAUGUCAUUUACACUGAUCUAAAAGCCGCCUUUGAUCGUAUCGAUCAUGUCCGGCGUACAUUGCCUCCUUCGUCCCAAGGAUUCCAGUUCAAUAAUGUAAAGGCUGUCUGGGAAGGUUUGGAGUUGGCUGCUUUUGUCGAAGAUCGUUUUUCUCGUUGUAAUGCCCGCUCGCCGGGUUACACCUUCAAGAAAGAUAUUGAAUAG